AUGACUUCGGCAACUUCACCUAUCAUAUUAAAAUGGGACCCCAAAAGUUUGGAAAUCCGGACUCUAACAGUGGAGAGACUUUUGGAGCCACUUGUUACACAGGUGACAACCCUUGUCAACACAAGCAACAAAGGCCCAUCUGGUAAAAAGAAAGGGAGGUCAAAGAAAGCCCAUGUACUGGCUGCAUCUGUAGAGCAAGCCACUCAGAACUUUCUGGAAAAGGGUGAACAGAUCGCUAAGGAGAGUCAAGAUCUCAAAGAAGAAUUGGUUGCUGCUGUUGAGGAUGUACGCAAACAAGGUGAGACGAUGCGCAUCGCCUCUUCAGAGUUCGCUGAUGACCCGUGCUCCUCGGUGAAGCGUGGCACCAUGGUGCGAGCUGCCCGGGCUCUGCUAUCGGCUGUAACACGCUUGCUCAUCCUGGCGGACAUGGCAGACGUCAUGAGACUUUUAUCUCAUCUGAGAAUUGUGGAGGAGGCCUUAGAAGCUGUCAAAAAUGCUACAAAUGAGCAAGACCUGGCAAAUCGCUUUAAAGAAUUUGGAAAAGAGAUGGUGAAACUUAACUAUGUAGCUGCAAGAAGACAACAGGAGCUGAAGGACCCUCAUUGUCGGGAUGAGAUGGCAGCCGCCCGAGGGGCUCUAAAGAAGAACGCCACAAUGCUGUACACAGCCUCCCAAGCCUUUCUCCGCCACCCAGAUGUUGCUGCCACCAGAGCCAACCGAGAUUACGUGUUCAAACAAGUGCAGGAGGCCAUUGCCGGCAUCUCCAAUGCUGCUCAAGCUACCUCGCCCACCGACGAAGCCAAAGGUCACACGGGCAUCGGGGAGCUGGCUGCGGCUCUGAAUGAAUUUGACAACAAGAUCAUCCUGGACCCCAUGACCUUCAGCGAGGCCCGGUUCCGGCCGUCCCUAGAGGAGCGCCUGGAGAGCAUCAUCAGCGGCGCGGCUCUCAUGGCUGACUCCUCGUGCACCCGCGAUGACCGGCGCGAGCGGAUCGUGGCCGAGUGCAAUGCCGUGCGCCAGGCGCUCCAGGACCUGCUCAGCGAGUACAUGAACAACUGCAAGUACAAUACAUGGCUUCAACAGACUGGGAAAACUGGAAGAAAAGAAAAAGGAGAUCCUCUAAACAUUGCAAUUGAUAAGAUGACCAAGAAAACAAGGGAUCUAAGGAGACAGCUUCGGAAAGCAGUGAUGGAUCACAUAUCUGAUUCUUUCUUGGAAACCAACGUACCUUUGUUAGUUCUCAUUGAGGCUGCAAAAAGUGGGAAUGAGAAGGAAGUGAAGGAAUACGCCCAGGUUUUCCGCGAGCAUGCCAACAAGCUGGUGGAGGUGGCCAAUUUGGCCUGUUCCAUCUCCAACAAUGAAGAAGGGGUGAAAUUAGUUCGGAUGGCAGCCACCCAGAUUGACAGCCUGUGUCCCCAGGUCAUCAAUGCCGCUCUCACAUUGGCUGCCCGGCCACAGAGCAAAGUUGCUCAGGACAAUAUGGAUGUCUUCAAAGACCAGUGGGAAAAGCAGGUCCGAGUGCUGACAGAGGCUGUGGAUGACAUCACCUCAGUGGAUGACUUCCUUUCUGUCUCAGAAAAUCAUAUCUUAGAGGAUGUGAACAAGUGUGUGAUAGCACUUCAAGAGGGGGACGUGGACACUCUGGACCGGACUGCAGGGGCUAUCAGGGGCCGGGCAGCUCGAGUCAUACACAUCAUCAAUGCUGAGAUGGAGAACUAUGAAGCUGGAGUUUAUACUGAGAAGGUGCUGGAAGCUACAAAAUUGCUCUCUGAGACAGUGAUGCCACGCUUUGCUGAACAAGUGGAGGUUGCCAUUGAAGCCCUGAGUGCCAACGUCCCUCAACCAUUUGAAGAGAACGAGUUCAUCGAUGCUUCUCGCCUGGUAUAUGAUGGCGUUCGGGACAUCAGAAAGGCUGUGCUGAUGAUCAGGACCCCAGAAGAACUAGAGGACGAUUCAGACUUUGAGCAGGAAGAUUAUGAUGUACGUAGCCGGACAAGUGUUCAGACAGAGGAUGACCAGCUCAUUGCAGGGCAGAGUGCACGGGCCAUCAUGGCACAACUACCGCAAGAGGAGAAGGCAAAAAUAGCUGAGCAGGUGGAGAUAUUCCACCAAGAGAAAAGCAAGCUGGAUGCUGAAGUGGCCAAAUGGGACGACAGUGGCAAUGAUAUCAUUGUGCUGGCCAAGCAGAUGUGUAUGAUCAUGAUGGAAAUGACAGACUUCACAAGAGGCAAAGGCCCGUUGAAAAAUACAUCUGAUGUGAUUAAUGCCGCCAAGAAAAUUGCCGAAGCAGGCUCUCGAAUGGACAAAUUAGCCCGAGCUGUGGCUGAUCAGUGUCCCGAUUCAGCAUGUAAGCAGGAUUUAUUAGCCUACCUUCAACGAAUUGCCUUGUAUUGCCAUCAACUUAAUAUCUGCAGCAAGGUGAAAGCCGAAGUACAGAAUCUGGGAGGAGAGCUCAUUGUGUCAGGGACAGGAGUUCAGAGCACUUUCACUACCUUUUAUGAGGUAGAUUGUGAUGUCAUAGAUGGGGGCAGGGCUAGUCAACUUUCUACCCACCUCCCAACCUGUGCUGAGGGAGCUCCGAUCGGGUGUGGAAGCAGUGAUUCUUCCAUGCUGGACAGUGCCACAUCGCUCAUUCAGGCAGCUAAAAAUCUGAUGAAUGCUGUUGUCCUCACAGUGAAAGCAUCUUAUGUGGCCUCAACAAAAUAUCAGAAGGUGUAUGGGACAGCAGCUGUCAACUCACCUGUUGUGUCUUGGAAGAUGAAGGCUCCAGAGAAGAAGCCCCUUGUGAAGAGAGAAAAGCCUGAAGAAUUUCAGACGCGAGUUAGACGAGGUUCACAGAAGAAACACAUUUCGCCUGUACAGGCUCUAAGUGAAUUCAAAGCAAUGGAUUCCUUCUAG